AUGGCGAGAGAGCGUGCAGUUGACGGCAGCAGGCAGUCGCUCGAGCGCCACCUAGAAGCACGAGCCGUUUUGUACAAGAAACAUGCAUCUUCGGCAAGCACGCUAUCACUGCCGCCACGAAUGAGCGCUCAUAUCCUUGCAGCACGAGUCACUUUGGACGAACCGGAAGCGUCUACUGGAGCCACGCAACGGCCGCUGUCACGAAUGAGCUUUCAGUUCCAGGGUACUAGCCUUGCUUUUGGAAAGACGAGGCACAGCUGCUGGCCCAAGAGCAACGCCUGCAACCGAGCACGUGAACAGUCCAGGCUGCUUACGAGGUUCUCUAUCCAGCGGCAGUUUCUUGCUCGAGGCGCUCUCGUUUUCGCGCUGAAACCGGAAGCGGCUUUGGAGCAGCCGAACCCGGCACCACCAAAGACGGCGACUCGCGCUAACAAGACAGCCACAUCAAGUGAUGCAGCACCAGCAGCACCAGGAGCGCCCCUGCGUACAGCGCUCUUGCGACGAGCACGCAUCGCCAGUCUGAGUCUCAUUCCGCGUCUCUUGCUGCAGCGGGAAAAAGCCCCCAACAAACCGCAUCAUCCUUGGCAAAGCUACGCAGAUGAUCCGGUGUUAAUGGCCCUGCACCAACGACGAGCACACGGCUCGCGACCCGGACAACGCCACGAUCCCUACCGCAUUGGACUUGUCAUCGAAGGUGGUGGUAUGCGCGGGAGUAUUGCCGCUGGGAUGUGUGCUGCGUUGGGAUACCUCGGGUUCGCGGACGCUUUUGAUGUGAUCUUCGGCUCAUCCGCCGGGGCUAUCUGCGGUGCCUACGUCGUUGCGCGGCAGCUACCAGGUUAUGGACCGUCUGUCUACUUUGAGGAUAUUGCGAACGAUCGUUUCAUCAAUAAGCGAGCGCUCUGGCAACCGUUACGUUCGUCAAGCCGGACGCGACCGGUGCUCGAUCUCGACUUUCUUCUCGAUGAAGUAAUGGUUCAUAUCAAACCAUUAGACUGGAACAAGUUCGCCCAAAACAAUGCGGUGCAGCCGCUCCGACCGGUGGCGAGCAGCCUCACGCACGCACGUAGUGUAGCGUUCGACGGGUUCCGUACCUACGCGGAGCUGCGCGAGUGCCUCAGGGCGAGCGCGCGGGUUCCAGGCAUCGCGGGGCCGCUCGUUCCCAUUGGUGACGAUAUCUACGCGGACGGGAUUCUUUUCGAAGCAAUCCCCUUUCGAAGCGCUCUUGCGGAUGGAUGUACGCAUUUAUUGGUAUUGCGAACGCGCCCGGUGGGUACGCGUGUUCCGCGGAUCGCCGGCUUCUACGAACGUAUGAUAGCUGCACCCGAAUUGGAGGCAUUUCCGCACGUCCGUGACUAUAUCGUUCGGGGAGGCCAUUUCAAACAGUAUUUGGAAGAUAUUCGCAUCUUAGAAGACAGGAAAAGCGCUCGCCACGUCCAUGUUCGGAGCAUCUUGAAAGAACGCUGGUGCUCGGCGCUGCCGGAGCAGGCCUCGAUUCUGGCGAUCGCUCCACCGCGUGGAGAUCCCGAAAUAAGCCAGCUGGAAACCAGACCUGAGGUGAUUUUCGAGGCUACGCGUUACGGGUUUGGGCUUGCAUACGAGAUGCUGGUAGCACCGUAUCAACGCCCGGCUGGUGAUGGCGCUCGCUUCGCAGCAAGAGUGUUCAGCGACGAGAAACUGGACGAAAUUCUCCGCGCUCGCGAAACUGCACUGAAAUAUCGACGCAGUGUGCGGCGGAAUGCACUGGCGUUAUCGAGGCUGCGGCGUACCUCGUUCCUGCAACGCUUUCAGAAAAGCUCACGUUCAGAUCCGUUUCUGAUACCAUCGAACCCGCAUUUCACGACCGAUGCGUACCUGUCGAGCCUGAAAACCGCACGCCAGGCACCGGAGCGGUCGAGCGUGCAGGAGCCUGCUGCAGACCCUGCUACCUCCAGGCCUGAUCAGCGGAUAGCACCGGCUCUGGCGGGAGACGCGGCGACAAGCGCUGGUGCGUUGGAUCGGUUGCAUCAACCGAAUGUCACGGAGCUAGCUGCAGACAACGAGGCCCGUCACCGCAGGGGCUUUCUCUUUCUGCCCAGAUUCACCGGACUACGCCUUGUCCAGAGGCAAUCACGGUAG